AUGAGUGAAAAUAUUCCUGUCACAACAUACCAAUCCGUUCGUUAUCUCGAUAAAACUAUUCGAAUUGAAACAUGUAAUCUCCAUGGCAUCGAAUGUCUUCGUUUCGAUGACGUCCGCUUACGCUUCCCUAAGGUCACAUGUCUAUACAUCGAUGACAAACAACAAUCAUUUCUUUAUGAUGAAAACGGUCAUCAACUCGAACCAUUACGUAUUAAAGCUUGUAUCGAUAAAGUUAUGGAAGCUUUUGAACCUGAGGAAAAUCAUAGUCAAUGUUUACAAAUCGAACAUAUCCAAGAAAUGCAAAGAGCUCUUGUUCUUAUGAACAAUAGCACGCAGGAGAAAAUCAAACAAGCAAUGACAUUAAUGUACGAACUAAAUGAAUACACAACUCCACGAUAUUUCUACAUUUUACCAGUAGAGAACAAUAAUCAGAGUAUGCUGAGCUCAAUAACCAAUUACUUUCAACUGGAAUAUAAAUUAUAUUUUUUAUGCGACUGUUCUGACGAUCCAAACGAACGACAUCCAGCUCUACAUGACGGUUAUGCGAUAAAAGAACCGACAAAAUUUAUUGCUGACUACGGCGUACACAUACGGAGAACAUUGAAUAUCAUUAAAACUGCACUUCCGAUUGUCGGCCGUAUUGUUGAUAUGCAUAUACAUAAGGCACCAGCAUUAAUAUCCGAUGCUGCUAGUUCGUUGAACACGUUCACUCUGAUCACGAAAAUUAAUCAAGUUGAAAAUUUACUAAAUCAAGCGGAAGAAGCAUCAAUGACUGCAAACGCAUCGAGUGAAGUGAAAAUGAUGAGUAAUUGUUUACCAUUACACGGUGCACCAUUACGAGAGCUAGUCAAUUAUUUAGGAGAUGUGGAUAAUAAAAAUACUCUCGGAAAUUUGUACAAAAAAGUAACUGAUGAUGGACAUGUUCGAUGGGUAUGUUUAGAACACUAUGAUACUGAUUAUCACAAACAACGAAUGUGUCAAUACGUUCAGCAAUUGAAGAACUUUGGAGGAACAUUUGAUGAAAACACGAAAGAAGUUCGAAUAACAAGUGACAACCAAACACCUUUAGAAGUUCUCAAGUUGAUUAAUUUAUUGAAAAAUGGUCUGAAAAUACCAAAACUGAUGAUUGAAAAAUGUUGUAUAAAAGAAGCAGACUUAAAUCAAUUGUUGGAUGUUUGUAUCAAUCAAUUAGCAAUUCACUUGGUUUUUACUGAUGUGAAAGUAUUAAACUGGUUUACUUCAAAUUAUAUUUAACAAACAUCGACGAAUGANAAAGCAUUGAAAACGUUGAACCUGUGUAUUUCAAAUAUAUAUAUCGUGGAAAAAAAUUGCAAAGAACGUAAUUUAAUUGAUUUGAUAACGAAAAAUCCUUUUGUUAAACGUCUGCUUCUCUUCGAUUCGAUCGUGACAGCUGAUUUUGCAAAAGCAAUUAUUGACAAAGUGAACAACUCGGGAUCAUUGAAAUCUCUCGAGCUCUUCAACUGUCAAAUAGACGAGCAAAUUCGAUCAAGGCUGGAAGAGUUAUGGAUUGCUAAUAAACUCAAUCUCAUUUUUGAGAACAGACAAUAUUAUUGCGCAGUAGCAGAGAAAAUACGCGAACGUCUUGAUCAAGGUAAAGUAUUUGAUCAAGAAGAGGAUCUCGACGUCACUGAUGAUCAUUUGAAUCUCAAUGGAAGACAAUUCAGAGAUAAAGACCUGAUUGUUUUAUCAAAAAAUUCAAAUCGUGUCAAACAAUGUAAACGAAUUUCAUUGUCUAACAAUCAAAUCACAUCAUUUGGAAUUGUUCUCUUAACUGAGAUUUUAUUUGACCAUCCUUUUCUAGAACAACUAGAUUUGAGUUCGAACAACUUGUGUGACGGCGGUGUUUAUCUAUUAACUCAGAUCUUAUCGAUCAAUCAUCAAACAAAACUUCAAGAACUAUACCUGAAAUCAAAUGGAAUUACUGAUGAAGGAAUCAACUAUUUGGUUGAAAUGUUAAACACGAACAAGACAGUGAGACAUUUGGAUUUAUCGAAUAACUUCAUAACGAACAAUGGAGUGCAAAAUUUAACGCAGAUAAUUGGUGACAAGAAAACGAAUAUCAAGUCACUUGGAUUAGGUGGAAAUAAGGAUAUAACUGAUUCAAGUGUUUCUUUGUUGAUUUCAAUGAUUAAAAAAUGUUCGUCAAUGGAGAGCCUGUCGUUAGUGGAUUGUAACCUGAAUGAAAAAAGUAAAGACAAAUUUAAUGAAUUGAAAGCGGUGAAAAAGAAUUUCUAUCUGAGAAUGUAA